AGCUCGUAUAAAUAGAGUAAAUAUUAUGAUAUAUCCAACUGUAGAGAGCAGUGUAAUACUAAUUGGAUGGACUGACUAUAUUUAAGCCUGAACUCCUCCUCCAACCUAAGUGUGGCAGGCAUAAGUCUCUUCUGCAUUCCUGACUUACAGCCUAACCCAAGAAUGCUGAGAUACGCCACUCCCCUCCUCUUCUCUUGUCGCAUCCCGCCUUCCAUCAAAACACUCGCUCCACUUCCCAGCCUCUCUUUUUUACCAAUUCCCGAUCCCAAACGCCCGCCACCUGUUUGUAGAUAUUCCUCUUCCACCUGCAAUUCUCCGAACCCGCCUCCUCCGCCCCCCACCUCCGCUUACGUACACCUCCCCUUCUGCCGCCGCCGCUGCCACUACUGCGACUUCCCCAUCCUCGCCCUCGGCUCCUCCGCCGCCGACGCCGCCGCCGGAGACGACGACGACGACCCGCGUAUAGCUAACUACGUGCGCCUCCUCCUCCGGGAGAUCGAGGCCACGCCCAAGCCCGGAUCCGGCGACGAACCACCUCUCCAAACGGUGUUCUUCGGCGGGGGCACGCCGUCGCUCGUGCCCCCGCGCCUCGCCGCCGCCGUGCUCGGCGCCCUGCGCGCCCGGUUCGGCGUCGCCGCGCGCGCCGAGGUGUCGAUGGAGAUGGACCCGGGCACGUUCGACGGGGGGAAGCUGAGGGAGUUCGUGGAGCUCGUGGGCGUGAACAGGGUGUCGCUCGGGGUGCAGGCGUUCCAGGAGGAGCUGCUGCGCGCGUGCGGGCGCGCGCACGGGGCGGCCGAGGUGCGGGAGGCCAUCGGGAUCGUGCGGCGGUGCGAGGGGCUGGAGAAUUGGAGCAUGGAUCUGAUAUCGUCGCUGCCGCACCAGACGGCAGAGAUGUGGGCGGAGAGCAUGCGGUGCGCCGUCGACGCGCGGCCGACGCAUGUCUCGGUUUAUGAUCUGCAGGUGGAGAAGGGGACAAAGUUUGGGCAACUAUACACUCCGGGAGAGUUUCCUCUUCCGACAGAAAGCCAGUCGGCGAACUUCUACAAGAUGGCUUCUGAGAUGCUCACAGCAGCAGGUUACAGCCACUAUGAGAUCAGCAGCUACUGCAUGGAGGGAUAUGAGUGCAAGCACAACCUCACAUACUGGCAGAACAAACCUUUCUACGGGUUCGGCCUCGGAUCAGCGAGCUACAUCAACGGCGCCAGGUUUUCGAGACCGCGAAGAAUAAAAGAGUAUGCAGAGUGGGUCCAAAAGCUGGAAGAAGGGGCGGUGAAUCAUGAGACUAGCAAUGUCGAAGUGAAGGAUUUGGCCAUGGAUGCUGUGAUGCUUUCUCUGAGAACAGCAAGAGGACUGGAGUGCAAAGCUUUCAGGCCUUUUGUGGAAAAUGGGCUUGUGGUCGCCAUGGACGAAGAGCGAGGGACGAUCCCGCCCCGAGAUUUUAUUAAGUCGCAGAUAAGUUCAGACAAUGAACUAGAGGAUAGAGUCGCGUUCAUUCGAUUGAGCGAUCCGGACGGCUUCUUGCUGUCCAAUGAGUUGAUUUCAAUUGCAUUUGGGGUUAUAUCCCCAUAACAUCAAUUUGUUAUUUUCUUCCACAAUUCUCAGCAAAUAAGUUCUACAAUAAUAUUCAAAUUCA